AUGUGUCAAGCCGAAAGUGCCGAGUUCAAGGCCAAAACCAAAGAGAUCUAUUGGCCGAUUCUCAGGUCAUCACUCCUGAAUGGCGACCUUGGCAUCCAAGACCUGGACCUAGACUGUCCUAUCUGUUAUACUAACAUGGGCGUCCACCCGGAUAACUACGGCCCCAAGAACGAAUACGGUCAUAACCAUCGAGCCAUUAUCCUUGCUUGUGGUCACACAGUAGGCAACUCUUGUGCAUACCUUGGCGACCUUAAAGCUUGCCCUAUCUGUCGUGCUAACCUCACGCACGCUUGUUGCGGCCACCGCCAUAAGGGAAAUUCUAUACCAUGGGAAAUCAAGGAACUCGACUCUAUACCUCAGGAUCUAAACUGGGGCGGCUUCAUUCCUGGAUCCUGUAACUCCUGCCGUGGAGUGCACCUUUAUCACGACUACCAGCAGCAACGACUUCAAAUCGAGAAUGAAGGGCAUCUUUGGUUCCACAAAUCCAUGGGUAACGCAAAGAUCUUGUCUUCGCCUUUGAGGGGACGAUAUCUAUACCAAACUUGGCUCCGUCAAAAUGAUGGUCGACCGCCGUUCCAAAGGGGUGGAUUCAUUGUCAAGCCAAUGCGACUGAAGGAACCGUUGCGGACGAAUCUAGCUCAAUUAUCGACAUAUCACAUUCAGCUUUCGGAGAUACUCUCUCAAUCUCUUGAUGAUCUCGUCACGUUCGAAUGUUAUUGUAUGCCUGAAUACACCCUGCCAUUGCUCCCUCCUACCCAGUCCUGUCGCGACCAUGGUUACUCAAUACGGCCUUUAUUUGAAGCCUUGUACAUUGUCUAUGACGAUCAGUUUGAGGAUCAUGAUGAGAUGGACAAACCUGCCGGUAUGGGGGAGUAUGCAAGCAAUGAAUACUCAAGGCAGUCAAACGACACUGUGUUACUAGUGAGGACGGGGAAGGAUUCCCAUCUCUCAUCACCAAUCAGCUUUCUACCCCUUUUCGAAUCUGGCCUGGCAUUCAACGUCAACCGCCCUGAUUAUCAAGACGAGCCAGAACCAACAGUCGUUCGGGUUAAACUAAAGACAGCGCUUCAAUUUAUUGGGGACCUACUAAAGAAGGAAGAGGCUACCCAAGUCAUGCAGAGAAGCAUACAGGAGCAAGACAAAGGUUGUCAGAGAUAUGUUGAUAGUAUGAUUGAGUAUUGUCGGGAAUUUGGCAUCGACUCGCACGAACAUUCUUGGUUUGCCUUUCGGCGCGUCCGAGCAAGAUUGGAGAAUGAGGCAUUUGAAGAGGAUCAGGUUAAUCCACCGUGGAAAUGCCUACGUCGAUGGACUUUUUGA